AUGAAGCUCGAGGAAGAAAUUCAGCGCCAAAUACGCCACGAAUCCACUCUACAGCAACUCGCAGACAGGAGACAGCAGCAGCUGGUUGAGCUGGAGGAAGAGUACGCGAGAGAACACCGCCGCGUUGAGCAGCUGACGCGGCAGGUCGAGGAACUCACGGCCCUCUGUGUGGAGGGUUCUCGCGCUGCAGUGAAUAGCGAGCUGUGCAGGCUGAGAGAGAAUGAGGUGGAGGGUUCUCGCGCUGCAGUGAAUAGCGAGCUGUGCAGGCUAAGAGAGAAUGAGGUUUUCUAUGAGGCUCAGCUGCAGCAGCUGCAGCAGCAGCAGCAGCAGACAGAAGAGACAUAUGCUGCUGCAGAAGCAGAGAGAAAGAGACAGGCUCAGUAUAUAUUAAAAACAGACGUAGAGACAGAGAAACUCAAGCAGCAGCUAGCUGCUACAGCUAGCCAGCUAGCCACCACGGAGAUACAGCUAGCUACAGCAGUACGUAAAGAAAACGAAGCACAGAGAGAAGCUGCGAGAACAAGAGAUGCUGCUGCUGCUGCUGCUGCAGCAGCAGAAGAGAGACAUCAGCAGCUGCAUGCUACGCUGCAGCAGAGGAUAGAUGCACUGCAGCAGGAAGCAGCAGCAGCAGCAGCAGCAACACUCAAAAAAGAACAAAGAAUAGAUAGCUUGCUGCUGCAGGUGAGCGGGCUUCAGGGGGAGCUGCAGCAGCAAACAGCACAGAGAGAGGCCCUAGAGGAGACGCUUGUACACGAGAAAGAGAGACAGCAGCAGCAGCAGCAGCAGCAGCAGCAGCUGAAGCGAAACGAGGAGACUCUGCGUGCUGCAAAGACAGCAGCAGAAGCACAGCUAGCAGCAGAAAGAGCAGCAAGAAAAAGAGACAAAGAUAUAUAUGAGGAGACAGUUGAGGAGAGGAGACGGGAUUACAGACGCAGAAGCAAGAGAGAAGCAGCUGAGAGAGGAUGCUAG